GAGAGGGAUGGAGGGAGGGAGGGAGCUGCUGUGAGGCGGUGGUCCAUCAUCAUCAUGGACCAUGCGUGCCAUGCCAUGGAUGACGUCACCGCCCAACCCCCGUCUCGCCUCCCGCGACUGAAAAGGAGGAGGAGAAGCUCGGAGGAGGAGGAGACGCUGCUGAACGCGAGAGCAACGCGGAGUCGAACGGAACCGAACCGAAUCGGGUCCCGAAAGAAGCAGCGCAACGUCGUCAGCAUGAAGCGCGCGGCCGCGAUCUCGCUGCUCGUGCUCGGCCUCGCGCCGUGGCUCGUGAGAGGCGCUCCGCCGACCUGCUACUCCAGAGUCCUGGGUUUGAGUAAAAGCAUCACGUCUCUGGUGGAGAGACUGCAGAGGCACAACCGCACCAGAGGCUGUAUGGACAUGUUACCCAGAAUUUACCUGGAUGUCCACAAUUCCUGCGUCACACACAAGCUCCGCGACUUCAUUUUCAUGUUGGAGAACUUUCCCACCCAGUACUGCAGGGAGCGGCACGGAAUUACCUUCCUGAAGCGCAAAGUGCUCAAGCUGUACACCAUCAUCAGCAGGAUGUGCUACAGGGAUCUGGUGUACUUCACAGAUGACUGCGAUGCUCUCGAGUCCGGCCGGAGUGUGCCGAGAUACGGGGAGGACCGACUGGAGCUCCUGCAGGAGAGCUGAGAAGGAAAGGGGCUCCGGGUUCGACUGCACGGUCCAGCCACGGACACACACACACACACACCCCUCACCCUUCCCUCCUCGCUUUGACUGGUGUAAAUGAGCACUUUGCAUUGGAUACGCUUCUAUAUGAGGUUUCUACCCCGUGGCCCGCAGACGCACACGCACACACGCACACGCACACACGCACACACGCACACACUCACUAGGGCCCACAAGACUGUUGGCCAAAGGCAUUUCAAGCUAUUCUGGUUAAAUGAAGUAUGAAGGAAUAUGAGGGGUGGAAAAACACUAUCCAGCGCUGGGACCUUCCACAGGAAAUUUGCAGAGUGCCAUUCAUUCCAGUGAAAACCCAAGAACAAUAUCCAGAAGAAGGUUGCACUCCGGGGAGACUGACCUUCCCAUCUGUUUGGCGACUGAGUCUCCAAGAAGUGCCAUAAAUACUAUAUAUGCCUUCCUUACUAUGUAUAUAUUAUAUAUAUACAUAUACCAUCAUUAAAGACUAUAUAUACCUUCUCUAGUUUAUAUACCAUCAUUAAAGACUAUAUAUAUACCUUCUUUUUUUACAUCUUCCAUGAAGCUGCUCUUUGUACCACAGUUCAGAAGGGAGGAUUUGUACUCUACCCUGAGAGAUGAGUUCAUUAUCUCACAUAUGGUGGCUUUCUUUUCUGCACAUGAAGAAUUUACAGCUAGUUGUGUCUUUAAAAAUGAUUCUCAUCUUUCAUUGUGGUUGAAAUGUUUUUAAAGAAAGAAAACAUUUGUAAUGUUAUUGUACUGUAUAUUCAUAAUAAAAGCAG